UGUCAGGGAUCUUCAAUUUUGCGUUAAUUUGUCGUCUUGGUCUGUGGAGAUAUAAUUUCGUCAUUGACGCCUGAUCUAUUGAUCAUUGUCUUGGGGUUCGAGGUGUUUUGCCAAGAUGGUUCGAGAUGUAGGCUUACGACAUGUGCAUAUUAUUACUCUAAUCUUCUUUUCUUUGAUGAAGUCAUGGUCGGGUCGUUGUUCUUUGUAUGUGCCUCGGUUUCUACCGCUUUGGAGUUACAUACCAGUGUCUACAUCUCUGUUGUUAUGCCGGCGGGACCUACAUCUGGGGUUCUCUCUACCUACUUGGAUCAUGGAGUUGGCGUUAGCGUUGAGCUUUUCGAUAUCUGUUUGAGCCUAUCACCCCUCGGAAUUUCAAGGAGGGCGAAGCCGCAUAGAGGAUAAUUCCGGUGGAUGUGUUU